ACUAAAGGGGCGUUUGGCUGGACACCGCCAUAGCUGUUGGUGAACGUCAUCUAUUAUCUGGCGAAUGAAUCAUAGAAAAUAUCACGAAAUAUCUUGAACAUCGAAGGUCGAAAAGCUACAUUUAUAUAGUUUUUAUUUUAGAAAAGAACUCUUACGAAUAUAUAUUUGACAAUUUCUUCUUCAGUCAGUUCACCUACUUCUGUUCAUUUGUGAAACUAAAGGGUUUUGAAUCCGGAAGUUGUAGGUGAAGGAGUUGAAAGCUUUACGUUUUGUCGCUACGAUGGGUACCAAAGACGAUGAAUAUGAUUAUUUAUUUAAAGUUGUUCUCAUUGGUGAUUCUGGCGUAGGAAAAAGUAAUCUUCUGUCACGCUUUACAAGGAAUGAAUUUAACCUGGAGAGCAAGAGUACAAUUGGCGUGGAGUUCGCCACUAGGAGCAUUCAGGUUGAUGGCAAAACGAUAAAAGCACAAAUCUGGGACACGGCUGGCCAGGAAAGGUAUCGAGCUAUCACAAGCGCAUACUACCGGGGAGCAGUCGGAGCCUUACUUGUAUACGAUAUAGCCAAACAUCUAACGUAUGAAAAUGUGGAGCGGUGGUUAAAAGAACUACGAGACCAUGCAGACAACAAUAUUGUUAUAAUGCUAGUAGGUAACAAGAGCGACUUGCGACAUCUACGUGCAGUACCCACAGAUGAAGCUAGAAGCUUUGCAGAAAAGAAUCAAUUGUCUUUUAUUGAGACCUCAGCUUUGGAUUCAACAAAUGUGGAACAGGCCUUUCAUCAAAUCUUAACAGAUAUCUACAAGAUUGUAUCACAAAAGAACAUCCGUGAUGGCGGAAAUGGAGACGGAUCACCUACUGAUAACGUGGAACCUAUAAAAAUACCCCCUACACAACCAUAUGAACCUAAGAAAAGACCAUGCUGUCAAUCAUAAGCUUUUCUGUCAUUAAAUCCGAUCACGUCAACUUAUCGACCGUGCAACAGAAUCUUGCACUACAAUAGAUCAUGCGAGACUCGCAUCUUAAUACCACUUUUUUGCAAACUGUAAAGAGAUAGGAAGACAUUUGUUGUAUUUCAUAAGGAGAGGAACAUAUCCAGAUAAAUUUGUAUAUAGUAUAUGGGUUUGGUACUGAAGUGGAAAUGUCCCGUGUCAACCUGGCUGUAUCGCCGUGCACUUGCACAGCAAGUAUGAGAUUUAAGGGACAGACCAACAAGUAUCAAUUUCUAAUUUGGAUAUUUAGAACCAUGGCAAAGGAAUUAUCAACAUAAGAAAGAACAAGGGUUUACCAUCACCGAAGGCUUCAGUUUGUGACAUGAUUCUUUAUCAUCGUCAUCAUCAUUGUUAUUAUUACUGUAUUAUUAUUGAUAUUGUUGCUUUUAUCAUUAUUAUUUUUAUUAUUGUUGUUGUUGAAAUUAUUAUUAAUAUUAUCAUUAUUAUUGCUAUCGUUCCUUUAUGGUAUACUUGCUGCCCACACUACUGUCAGCAAUCUGCAGUGUGAUAACCAAAUUCUUACAAUCAUUAUUUGCUAAUGAUUGUUAUACUAAUAUUAAGGAAAUAAUAGAAUAAUAAUAAUAUUAAUAAUUUUUAUUGUUUUUUAUAUUGGUUUGUUUAUAAAUAAUGGUUUUGAUCAUGGCACAAUACUAUCGAUUUGACCUGUACAACUUCAAAAGGCAACUGCUCGUUUGAAAUGUUCAGGUCAAAAAUGAUAGUUUUUUGUUCAAGUCUUUUAGUUUUUGUUAUGGUGGUUACUAUACUUGGUUAAGAACCAGGUCGAACGUGUUGUAUGAUAGAAAUAAGAUUAUUUCCUCAACUAGCACAGUAUUGCUAAUAGGCUUUCAAGCAACCUAUUCAUUUCAUCAUCAUGAUGUUGGUUGGUAAAUUUUGUUUUGAUUUUGUAUUAGGAAAAAAAAAGCAACAUAGCAUUUUAAACCACCUUUUAAUUAUUUCAUUUCUACAAUCAAAUAUUUCUAUCUAGCCUUGAUUCUUAUUAAUUGAAAGUUUAACAUUUUGAUAAAGAGUGUUUUUAACUUGCUUCAUUUAUUAAAUUUAAUUGGCCAGCCCAUGGGUUUCUACUGUUGUGUUUUUCCUCACUGUAUUAAUAAUAUGAUGUGAUAAUGCAAUAACUAAUUUCCACUACCCUUUCCUUAACAAAACAACCCCAAAUCCUAAAGUGGCAGGCAUUACUAGCAAACAUUUAUGGGGCUUAAACUGUUUAUUUUAGGCAAGACUGUAUAAAUUAUUAUUUUUUAUUUUUUUUAUAAAUAGUCUACUCCUUAUUUUCAACUCUUUGAAGUGUAUAGCCAGGCAUACAUUAUCAGAAUUUUGUCAGAUGAGUUGGAAGUUACAAUGGAUGAUUUCCUGCUGAGCAGUCUCAGAGUAUGAGCUGUGUAGAUGCACUAAUUUCUCAAGUAAAUACAAAUGUUAUUGUGAUUUCCAAUGUGGUGUGUAAAUGUUUGUAGACACAAUGUUUUCAUAAUUGUUUACAAUGUUGAGAAUUUGUGCAAACUAGCUGUUGCGAGACGAGACCAGCUCUUAUCACUUUGGGAAUAUUAGCAUAGUUACUUGUAAGCUUUAAAGUGCUGUAAAUUCAAAGUAAAUGUGCACAUUAAAUAAAUUUUGCCCUGUGUAAGCAUUGUGCGGACACUCGUCUGAAGUACAGUAAAGCCCAUGUGUAUUUUUUUUUAUGUAUUGUCAAUUUACUUUAGAGGGAAGUCUGAACAAAUCAUGCAACAAUGCUCUGACAUACAUCUGAUAUUGUGUAUCUGGCUUCAGGUGUCCUAUGAUAUUAGGUAUCUGGUAUUUAUGCACCGGCAGUAAAUAAAUCUAACUACUGUACAUUACAUGAAACAAUUGGAAACAUUUGUUUUUCAGAACUAGAUGUUGAUGGUAGAUAGGGGGAACCUUUCACAGUGAGUAAUAAAAUUACUAUUCCAAAAUGAAUUAAAUGCAUAGUCUGUAUUCUGUAUUUCAUAUCUAUAAGCGUCACUGAUUCGGAAUUCAUACAUUUGAUCAUGUGGGCAAGGCUAACGCACCAAGAUCUGUGUAUGUGUGUGUGUGUGGUCCUUAAAAAAUGCUUUAAAUUAUAUCAUUCCUAGGAUUAUAAUUUGUCACCAUUUAAAGGAUGUUUUUUAAAAGUUGACAUCACACCAUAUUAUGUUAACAUCAAUAUCAUGAUUUGUUAUAAGGACCAAAUACAGUUGAAUGUUUAUGAAAGAAUGGUUUAAGUAAAAGUCAGUCCACUUGCAAUUAUUAACAAGUUAUAUAUUGUUAUAAUUCUGAGUUCUAAGCCCAGUUAAUGCUGGUGUGUUUAUUUUAUUUGUAUUAUUUCUUCUGCCUAUUUCUAUAUUUCUUAUUCAUAAUGAAACAAAUAGUUUGCCAUUGUACGCAACUAUUACCAUCAUCAAAAUGAGUAAUAAAAACCUGUUUUAUUGACUAGUAAAUGUAUUACUCCUUUACAAUUCAGGAAUGAAUUUUUAAUUUGUUAAACAGAGUGUGUUGUUCCAGUCCAUGCAGCGUGCAUGUCCUUUGUUUAUGAUGAAAUUCCAUCGACAACUCUUGUAGGGUCUUUUAUCCUAAUGCAUUCAAAUUGAUGAGUUUUGUAUGAUAAACUUUAAAUUUUUACUCAGCUUGGGAGUUAUUCCAACUGAUGAAUGAAUUUAUGUACAUGCGUGCUAAAUGAUAUUAAGUAAAAAUGCUGAAGAAGUACAGUAUACACUUAUUCCAGAAUUCACAAUUAUGUCUACAGACGGUGGGCUUUUUCAAUUAAUCAAAUUGUCUCGGAAUAAAUAAAUAUAUUUUUGUUGUGAAAAUGAAACAAAUUCAUGUCUUAUCCAUGAUGUUUUUUGUACAUAUACUACAUGGAAGAGUCUAUUGUUUACAGGAGGGGUUUCAUUUUACUCAUGAGCUAUUCCAUUAUUAACAGAGGGUGGAUUUACUAUUAAGAUACUGUUUUUGCAUAUGUUAAUCUGUGAAUUCAAAGCGUAUAUAACCUAUAUUCAAUGUAGAGACCUUUGAAAAUAUUAGUAAAAAAUAAUUACUGAAAUUGAUUUCUAAUUUCAUGAAUGAACAGCAUACAUAUGUUUCAGUUAAAUAAAUUGAAGUAGCUUCAAGGAA